UCGAAUAAUUUACUUCACUUCGGUGUAUAGUCUUCAAAAUCUAAUAUCGCUGUUGUUGUAAAAAUUUUGGUUUUAUCUUCCAACAUUUUGUCAAAUAAAGUUAUCUGAAAAUCGGACACUCGAACGGCAUGGUAUUUGCAUAGAUUUGAUAUGGAUGGAAAAAAAAAUGGAUGAAAAUUAUGACUACACCAAAUGAUAAAUGAAAAUUUUGACCGGUUCCGCGUCGUGCCCGUAUCGUCGUAUCGCAAAUGUUUGCAAAAAAAUCAUUUCAACCGUGUGUGCACCUGUAUCAUAGAUAUAUUGAGCCUAGAAACGUUUAGUUUGACGUGAAACUUCACGAACGUUGUGCGCACCGGACAGAAUAGAAAAUUCUAAAAUAUGUCCCAAAAGAGAAGCGACAACGUUUGGAUAUUCCUGCUGGCGGUCGUCAUACCGAACGCCGGAGGAUGGGUGGGUUCUAGCCUGUGGCAGGACAAAAGUUGGUUCGAAGCACUAGAACAUCCGGUUUGGAGACCUCCAAAUUGGCUAUUCCCCGUAGUAUGGACUAUAAUGUACACACUUAUGGGGGUUGGAUCUUAUUAUGUAUGGAAACAUGGAGAGGGUUUAUCGAAACGCUGGCUGCCAUUGGCCAUUUAUUGCGUACAAUUACUUGUAAACUGGUUCUGGACUCCCUUAUUUUUCAUCUGGCAAUUGAUCCUAGUGGCUCUCGUCUGGUUGGUGAUAUUGUGGAUAUUGGUCGUAAUCACAAUAAUUGCGUUCUAUAGGGUGAAAAAGUCUUGCGCAUUUUUCUUGUUUCCAUACAUACUAUGGAUCACGAUCGCCACAGCUUUGAACACCAAUUACUACAUUCUCAACCCGACCGCCUAAAUGCGAAAGGAGAAAAAGGAAAUCGCCAGUAAAAAAAAUAUUAGUAUUACAGUUUUUUAUCGUUAAUUCUAAUCAUUUCUGUACUAUAGUGUAUUUGUAUGAUGUUGAAAAGUUUUAAUUAAAUUGAUACUUUACUUUU